CGCGGGAAAUUUAUACACACUGGCGCGCCACUACAAAAAAUAAAAACACCGGAAUUUUACUGCGAUUGAAUUUUCGUGUAGAAUGGAAUAAUACGAUCAAACCACAAACAGUAGCUCAACGGAAUGUGAUGUGAAACGGACACUGACGACAGCAUACUUAAUACUUCGUUCAUCUUCUGUGAAAGAAGAGGAACUCCUUCUUGUUCUGUUGGGUGGGGGUUUGUUGCUGUGGUGGUGAGCUGGAGUGGAAUGAUAGUGUGUGUGGACAGAAUAUUGAAAAAAGAACUGAACUAAACUGAAAGAAAGACAUUUUAGAACAAUCUGAAGAUGGAGUCGGUGUCUGCAAUGAUGAAUGUCGAGCUGCUUUCGGCCUGCAGCGCUCUCGGCUGUUUGGAGGGGAAUAAGUAUCAAAAAGAACCAGACUGUCUUGAAACCUUAAAAGACCUGAUUCGUUUCCUUCGACGGGAAGAUGAAACGUGUGACAUCCGUCGGCAGCUUGGAAACUCACAGAUUCUUCAGAAUGAUCUGCUCUACAUCGCCAAGCAAUACCACAAAGACACAGAGUUAUUUGAGACAUGCAUAAGGCUUUUGGUUAACUUGACUCAGUCGCCCGAGAUAUGCUUCCAAAAGGUCCCAGAGGACAAGAUGUUUCGCAACUACUUCUUGGAGGUUUUGUCGCAGCUCCAGUCUUACAAGGAGGCAUUCGCUGACGAGGAAGUGAUGGGAAUUCUGGCUCGCAAACUGAAGAAACUCUUAGAUUUGGAGUGGGAAAGUCGACGUGAGGAUCACACUCUUUUGAUGGAGAGGAUUCUUUUACUGGUCAGGAACAUUCUGCACGUCCCAGCUGAUCCCAAUUAUGAGAAGCGUACGGAUGACGAUGCCAGCGUCCAUGAUCAAGUUCUCUGGGCCCUCAAUCUGAGCGGGAUGGAUAAAUUAAUCUUGUACAUAGCGAGCUCGGAGGCUGAACAGCAGUGGUGCAUGCAUGCUGCUGAGAUCAUCACACUUAUGUUUAGAGAACAGACUCCAGAGCAAGUAGCUACUGCUGGGGAAGCCAGGCUUGCCAGUGAGAGACAGAAAGACGAACAAGAGCUUGAGAUGAUCAGACAACGAGAACUUGCUGAGAAGAGGGCAAAGGUCAAGGCAGGAAGUGCCAGGCAUUCACGCUUCGGUGGCACAUUCUGCAUCAAGAAUCUGAAAUCUAUCAGUGACCGUGACAUCAUCUAUCAUUCAGCCGUCCAGAACAGCAACAACAUCACCUUCGACAAAAAGAAAGAACCCAAAAAGAAGCCCAAGAAUCGAAUGCCCAUGAAGGAUACAUCAGUCACCCGCAGAUCUACUCUUAGCAUACGCCUGUUUCUGAAAGAAUUUUGCAUUUUGUUUGUGGAGAACUGUUACAAUUCGCUGAUGCAUGCAGUUAAGGAUCACAUAGUGCAUCAACGAGCCCAAGAAAACGAUGACUCGUUCUACCUGUGGACCAUGAGGUUUUUCAUGGCGUUUAAUCGAGUUCAUCAAUUCAGGGUAGACAUCAUAAGUGAGACUUUUUCCGUCCAGACUUUCUACUAUGUUCAAACCCAAAUUGUUAAGUACUUGGACAUGAUGACAACCGAUAAAAAGGAAGCUCCAGCCUGGUCCAAAAGAAUGCAUCUGGCCAUGAAGGCCUACGGAGAGUUAAUGGCGACUCUGGAUACGAUGUCACGGUCCAGCGACCUCAAAAUCAGAGACUCGGCUAAGGUCAUUCAGGGUAACAUCUUCUACGUCAUCGAGUACCGGGAGGUUUUCUUGAUGUUACUCAAAAAGUACGACGAGGUCAGAUGUACAAGAUCGUACCUGAAGGACCUGAUAGAGACAACACACACCUUCAUCAAGAUGCUGGAGAGAUAUUGCAAGGGCAGGAAGACGGUCAUGGUGCAGAAAAAGAAGAAGAAAAAGGCAAAGCGUCGCAGACGGCAACCAACUGCCCAGCAACAAAAUGGAGACCAGCCUCAGGAAGUUGAUGAGGAGCUCAAUGCAUUAUGGGAUAACAUAACCUCUGACCUUUCAGCCAUGUUGCAGGGAAGAGAAGACGUUCCUGAAGAUGUGGUCCCAUUUGACGCAGCCUCAGAGCUGCCAGUGGAGGAACAGAGAGCCGACGGGAUGGUUCGAAUCCAGCGAAGUCUUCGUUCGGGGGAGGCUGGGGAGUCUUUAGCUCUACUGAGAGCAGCCAGGGAGGUGUGGCCAGAGAAUGAUGUGUUUGGAGCGGCAGACAUCAGCCCAGAGGAAGAAUUCAUGGCACUCAGAGAAAUCCACUUUACCAACCUCAAUGUUGUUGUGCCCACGCCUGUUGAAGAACAAGAUGACGAAGAAGAAAUGGAAGAUGAAGAGGAUGAGUUGCUGGAGGAAGAACGGAGUCAGAGGACAGAAGAGGAGUUCAAUUUCAAUAUUUUUGUAAACAAAUUUAGCCAUCCCGAUAUCAUCCGCUGCUACGUCAAACUCUUGAGCGACUAUCGCAAUCACUCCACUUUCACCUGUCACUGCAUCGUCAAGAUGCUUCACCGCAUCGCCUGGGACUGUGAGAAGGUCCCUCUACUCUUCCAGAUCUCUCUCUUCAGGGUCUUCCAGAAGAUUCUGAACGACCCGAUCGCAGCUACCGCAAGCAUGAAGGAAACAGUGAAGUUUUCCAAGUUUGCGUUGGGGAAGUUUUUUGAGAUGGCUGCCUCUAACAAGAAGAUGUUUAUGGAGCUGUUGUUCUGGAAAGACACUAGGGACAUUUAUGAGCUGACUGAAGGAUAUGGAGCCGUGAUGGAAAAGAAGAAUAAGAAGUCUGUUGAAUGGAGGGAGGAGGAGCAGCAUGAACUCGCUCAGCUCUAUGAAGAACACAAAGAUGAGGAAGGAGACAAAGAUGUGGUGGACCACAUAAUGGAGCAUAUCAUCGAUGACAGCAGGACGAGACGACAGAUCAUUACUCAGCUUCAGAGGCAAGGGGUCAUUGACAGCGCUGCUGACCUCAAACGGAAAAAAGGAUCCAAGCGACUGACAAUCUGGCGGGAAGAACACGAGCUUGAACUUCGUAACCUCUACGAGCAGCACAGAGAUUCAGAUGAUGUCCUCGGCAAUAUCUUAAAUGGGAUGACGGAGAAACGAUCCAAGGCCAAAGUGAUAGAGAAGCUCAUGGGUCUUGGAUUGGUGCAAGAUCGCAAGGAGCUGUAUAAGAAGAGAGGCAAGGGAGGAGCCAGGAGGAGGAGGGGGCGCCAUGGCAACAGCGAUGAUGAUAGUGAUGAUGAGGAAGAUGGUCCUCAGGGCAACGGAAGGAACUUUAUUGACGACAUGGAUGAAGAGGCAGAUUUUGAAGGAUUCCUUGCUCAACACUCGAAGCCAGAUGCUCCUGAAGCCUCAGCGUAUAACAGUGAGACGGAGAGUGAGUCUGGCUCCUCAAGUGAUGGGGAGAACAAGGAUGAGGACGGAGACGGGGAACUACCACUAGGAGAUGUCCUCAGAAAGGUCCAGGAAAAAGGCUUUACUGAACAGAUUCGCUGGAUACAGAACGGGCUGAGGAGCACAGCCGCGGACAGAGAAAAAGAUGGAGAUGAGCAGGCCAUUCCGAUUGUUCCUUUGUCAGAAGAGAAUGAAGACGCCAUGGACAAUAAAGUAUUCCAGAAUUUCCUCAAGACAGUUGGUAUUUCUGCACCCAGCAGCCAUGAGGAAACUUUCUGGCGUAUCCCAGGCAGUCUCAGCCAUGACCAGCUCCGGCAGAUGGCAGACUCCAUCGAGCCCCAGGAGGGCGUAGCGCUGUCGGCAGCCGAGCGAAAAAAGAAAUCCAAUCCGAGGUAUGACAGUCUGAAAGAGAUGGCCAGGACAAGGAGGCAAGAGAAGAAAGGAGGCAAGAAACGACGAGACCGUCGAGAGGAGGUUCCCGUCACGGAGGUGGUUUCCAGGGUGAUGGAUGAUGGAGACAAUGAGGAGGACAGUGAAGAUGAGACAGGCACCCGCCUCCCCACCUUGCCUACGACAUCCUCAGCUCAUAAGAGAGGUCGGGUCAAGCGAGCCUUGCAGAGCGACUCCUCAGAUGAUGACAGCGAUGCGGAACCAGGGCUUAGCAUUGACCUGGGUACCAGUGAUGCCCUACCCUCAUCAACCAAUAAGCCGUCUGCUAAGAGAAGCCGGUUGUUGCUGUCGAGUGAUGAUGACAGCGAUAAUGAGGGAGACACGCAGGGGUCAAGGGUUGAAGAGACUUUGAGCCAGUCACAAGAAGCACCGUCAGCCAGUCUGGAUAAUUCCUCUGUUCCCUUCACUGAGUUGACGCUCGAGUCGGACACCCAAGACUCUGAUGAUGACAUGCCUCUGCACAAGGUUGCUAAGAGACGCAUCAUCGAGUCAGAUAGCGAGGAAGAUUAGAGAGUAUUUUUCUGCUCCAUCAAUGUCUCCAGGAGGAGAGAGCAGCUGGGGUGCUCCGUCAUCAAGACUUGUCAGUUUACGCUACAUACUUUAUAUCGAAGAGAAGAGGGUCUGAAGUAUAGAUAAGUUGCAAUAGACGCCAUCUUUACAGGCAAGUUGCACUUGCAAGCGUGUUCCUGGGGCAGUUUAUUAAGCAACCACGUUGUUUACUAACCAAUCAGGCGUUUUUGUAAAAUCUGCGCGUGCUGCACGCUGUUCUCGUGCAAAAUGCAUGGCUGUAUGUUCCAAAUAGUAAUUUUAGGUUUUGAUUCGACUCAACUCAACAUUUAUUUCCUUCUCAAAAUAUAGAAUUUUUUUAUUCAAAAUAUCACAUAGAUAUUGUUCACAGCCACAAUCCCAGGCCGUACACUUUUUGUUACAAAGACAUCAAAUGAAGAACAAAAUAUAUGAAGUAACUCCAGUUCAAAAAGCAUCUUAAACCUCACUAACGUUUGUGUAAUAGGUGUCCUCUGUCCUCAUUUGCUUUGUUGUAGUUAAUUGCAACUGCUGGAAAGGCGCUUUACUAAAUUAUUAUUAUGCCACACUUCCAGCACCAACUGUGUGUUCCUUACCCUUCCAACCUCUCCUUGGAGUGUGUGUUACACAUCUGUCUUCAAGUAGCUUUUCACGGCAAUUAAUCAGUCAUCCUCGAUUUGACUCUCACGGCAAGCCAAUGUGAUAUUAUCUAAUGAUUACUAGCAAUCACACGAAUCUUCUAACUGUUUGAAAUUAAUUGCAGGUUGAUAAACAAAUAGUUGUAAUGAUAACAUUUUUGAACCAGGGAAAAAAUAAGAGCAGGAUAUACCUUUUGUAAAUUUCAAAGCCCUGUAUUCUCAACAACAAAAACACCCUUGUUGCAUAGAAUUGUGUGCUUUCCGAUACCAGAGAAAGCCUUUAUGCUGGAAGCUGUUUAAUUGGUUUUGAUGAUCUAUAAAACUAAAAAACUUGAAAAGGUGAAAUUUCCAAAAAUGUUUUUAAAUAUCAACAGCUCUCCAGUGCUCUUUACCAAGUAAGUUUGUUUGGUCAAUCAUCUUUGUAUUUGAGUAUAAACCAAUGGGAACAUUUUGGUUCAACUGGUAAUCGAAAAUGCAAGAGCUAAGUUACCUCAGAGAGAGAGCUGUUUCUCACAAUGUUUUAUACUAUCAACAGCUCUCCAUUGCUUGUUACCAAGUAAGUUUUUUCCGCUAACAAUUCUUUUGAGUAAUUACCAAUAGUGUCCAGUGCCUUUAAACCUUCUUUCAGGUGAAAUUGUAUAUUGAAGAGAAACACAACUAUUGUAUAAAUGAAAGGUUGAACAGAUUUGUGUUGAAUCUGGGGGAGGGGGCAGUAAAUACUUGAAUCGUACAACAAAAUAUGCAGAGAUAUAAAGGAUGGACAAUAUGUUUUCUUGAUCUUUAACAAAAAUAAUUGGUAACUAUUUUUUUAUAACAGAAAAAUUCACCUAAUGAUUUGUGAAUUUUUAUGGACACAUAGACACUAUAUACAUUGCCAUAAAUCUUUAUAAUAGGAACUGUCAUUAUCAGGUAAUUUGUGAUAAGUAUAAUGUAAAUAUAUACUUAAAAAACACGUUUCUCUUUUAACACUACCGUUAUUAUA